AUGUCUUCAAACCCUUACCUCAAUAGGGACACCACCACGCUGGACGGCAAACUGAUCGGCAAGAUGAUCCAUGUCGACUGCAGCGAGCAUCAUUGCAGUGAACAGCACACACGGGGUGAAUCCGAAGUAUCAAAGCCGUCAUCAAUCUCAAAUCCUCGCAACGGGGAUGUCCCGGCCCCGGAAUAUCUGCAUUGUGGCUUCUGGCCGAGGCCGCUGACGGAGGCCGACCUGGACGAGGAGAGCCAUGAACCGCGUGGCCUCCACGAUCACCAUGGUCUAGGCGCAGGUAGGAGUGGUCCGGCCGCGUCAACCUCAUCUUUGAGACCGACGGGCCCAGAUGGAGGUGAGGAUGAUGCAAGUGGCUCGUGGCAGGAGGUCAUCCACAAAGCCGAAGACCAUCAUUCCGCGGUGACGGAUGAGCUCUCAAAGGCUGUGGAUGCCUGGAGGACGAUGUUUGCAGCCUCCUCGGAGACAGGCGAAGGAAGGAAUGAUAGUGAGAAAGCCAAAAAGCCAUAUUCAGUCAUGCGACUUGUUGCCAGACAGCCUAUCAAUGACAGAAACAGCGCUGGUCUCGAACAGACAGGACCUUCAAGACAGAGCAUUUUGGAUAAGGAGAUUGCCGCCGAAUGCCAGGCUCGAAGCGAAAUCAUGGAAUAUAUCGACGCUUUGGUGGACGAGGGAGACUAUGAGGACGCAUAUGCAUGUAUCUGGCCGCUUGAAGAGUAUCGCCGCAGCGGAUGGGCCGAGGAGAUGAUAUUUGCGUUUCCAAACGAGUGUUGGGGUUUUGUGGACAUGGUGCGCGCACGGGAGAAGGCCAAGUAG